AUGACAUAUUCUUUUGUGAUAUUGCUUUUGAAAUUACGAUUUGCAUAUGCAACAAUUUGUGGAAGUCAAAAUGGAACAUUGAUAUGCUGCCAUGGGUACAAGUGGGAUGAUAUCUUAGAGAAAUGUACACUCUGCAAAAAAGGAUUCAUUGGAACAAACUGUGACACAAUGUGUGUUUAUCCUUCUUAUGGAUUAGACUGUCAGUCUUCAUGUAACUGCAUUGCCAAUCAAUGUGAUCAUGCCAAUGGGUGCAAGCACCAUACAAAAGACCUUUCACAUGAGUCUACAACCAAUGAAGAAACGACACAUUUUGAACUGUUAACAAAAGAACCUUUCCACGUAAAAGCCAACACAGUAAAGGCUGCAAGUACCCCAACAACGCACAUCGUAUAUUACAAAAGUACCAUGACAAAGAUAAAACCAAUGACAAUUGGAACAAUCAUUCUUGCAGUAGUGUGUUUCAUUUUAAUAAUUGUGAUUUUGUAUACUUAUCAGAUGGAAAAUUCCAAUGUUUACUUUAAAUAA